ACAAAACCAAAAUGGCAUUAACCAAGGUCGUUCUACUUUGUAUUCAAAAUAAGAAAUAAUUAACAAUUACUCAUGAUUAAAUAUAUAAACACUUCUGCUAAUAUGGUUAAAUAGAGAAAGUAUGUACAUAUAAUAUGUUUAGAUUUUAAUAUUCGAAAAAACUUAAAUUUGGAAGGUGUUCUUGGAAACCAAAAACAAAGAAACUGCCUAAAACAUAAUAAAGUAAUGCAAUAACAACAUUUUGAACUCAGAUUCUUCAUUAAGAAUGUAAUUGUAUCCAAGCAAUUUAGAGAAUGUGACGUUUUCUGAUUCUAAUACUGCUGGCAAAGGUAUUUAAUAAAUAAAUUAUAUAAUAGAUUAUUUAAAAGUGAAAGAAAAGAGAGAUUCUUAUAAUUCAACUGACGAUGAAUAGACUUCUGUAGGAAGUUUAGGAGAUUAAAAUCCCUAUUCAAAUUCUCCUAAAAAUUAUUAAUAAAAUGUUUAAUAAUCAAUCUAUUAAUACUAAUCACAUUUAUAACAAAGACUAUAUGAAUAAUAAGUCCUUUAAAUGAGAUUGUAAACUCAAAGUUUAGAUCUUCAAGUUCCUGAUUAUUUAAAUACUCUAGCCUCAGCCUAGUGGGUUGAUUAAUUUGUAUAAUUGGGAAAACUACUACAAACUUAAUAUCUACUUCAAUAUUAACUUAUUGAAAAUUAUAUCAAUUAUAUCAAGUAAGAAUCUGUCAAUGUUUUGAUUGAAAUUCAAAACCAAUAAAGAUAAUAAUAGUUGUAGGAAUAGUUGUAAAAUUAAAUUAACACUAUAAAUAAUGUUUAUCAUAUUGAUUAGUAAGAGAAAUCUAGAGUCAUUGUUGCUAAGUCUUUUGAUGAUUCUGUUACUACUAUUGAUAUGUUGUACAACAUUUUUAGUAUAUAUGGAAACAUUGAUAAAAUGGUAUAUUAAAAAGAUAAAUCUACAUUAUUGGUUGAAUAUCAUCUUUAAAAAUGUGCUGAUCAAUGUAUGGAGAAACUUAAUAAUGUUGUAUUUUAAGGCCAAACUCUUUAAGUAAUUUAUUUAUCAUAUCCUAGAUUACUUAUUCGAUUCUACAAGAGAUUACAUUCCUUGAUGAAUUAGAAGAAUUAGGAUUGGUUGAAAAGACAAUCUAUGAAGAAAGAUUCAUUGGAUCUGAAGCUACUAAUAGAUAUAAACCAAAAAAUUCAUUUAUUGCUGCUUCACCAAAUGAUACUAUCUUCCUCAUGAAUUUAUCAGAUGAAUUACUAAAUAUAGAUAGUCUAUAACCUCUUUUAGAAACUGAAAUUGCUGAUUAUAAGUAUUUUCUUAUUUCUAUAUUUAGAUUCUAUGAGGAUCCAAAAUAAAAACAUAGUUGUGCUAUAAAAUUCAAAACAGUUGAAGAUGCUAUGUUAUUUUUGGCUAAAAACCAUGGAAAAGUAAUGGCUGAUAGAAAAAUCUUAAUGACUUUUUCAAAAAAGCCUAUGUGAUU